UUAUUCAGCAGAGGAGACAAGAAUUUAGAUUCAACAAAGGACAAGCACUAUAGUGUGAUAAUGAGAGCAUUCUGGGUACAAGUGUUUUUAACUACUUUUGCUCUUCAUCUGACCCUUCCUGUUCACUGUCAGUUUGAUUUUGGGGAUCUAAUUGCAUUCAAUCGAACAUCCAAACUCAAUCCAAAUGUGACCUUCUACAUGCACUGGGCUGUAUAUGUGGGGAAGGGGAGAGUCAGUGGGCUGGAGAAUAUAAAAAAUGACGAUGAGGAUGUUUUCCAUAUCACUGGUUACGUCUUUCCCAAGGGUUCUGACUGUAUAUUUGGAAAAAUGAAUGAAAUCUCAGGUAAUCCAUGGAAGUUUAACUACCUGGAUGGUAAAAUUAAAUUAAGAUCUACUGAUGCUAUGAAGAAAGUCAUAAGGCAAAUACACAAAAAUUGCUGGACUUGGGACUUGCUUAUGAACAACUGUGAGCAUGUAGCCACUUACAUUCGCUAUGGGGAAAAACACUUUGAGCAGAUUGGUGCCAGAUCUGCUGCUCUUUGCAAACUGAAGUUACCAACGUUUACUUAUGACGGUGAAGAGGAAUUAUAGCGGCAAAUAAUCUCUUUCUUUAUGAUAUGAAAAC